AUGGACUGGGGACCUGUCCAGGGAGUACCACGCCUCUCCCAUAGACAGCUGGAGAUAGGCACCAGCACCCCUCCUGACCCCACAUUGGAUAAGCUGAAACAUUCCCUGAGAUAUUUCCGUACUGCUACCUACGGAGUCCCAGGCUUUCCAGAGUUUGUUGGGGUUGCAACAGUAAAUGAAGUUCAGGUGGGAUAUUGCGACAGCAACAUCCAGACCGCCAAGCCCAAACAAGACUGGAUGCUGAAACUGAUUGAAAAGGAUCCCAACCACCUAGAGUGGUAUUCUCAGAAGUGUCUUCUAAGUCAACAUGUAUUGAGAACAGACGUGAAUGGCUUGAAGCAACGUUUAAACCUCACUAAAGGUCCCUACAUUUUGCAGAGAAUGGAUGGCUGUGAGUGGGAUGAUGAGACUGGAGAAAUUAAAGGAUAUAAUCAGUAUGGUUAUAAUGGGGAAGACAUCUUAGCCCUGGACCUGAAGACCCUGACAUGGAUUGCUCCCAAACCACAAGCUGUACUCACAAAACUCACAUGGGACACCAUGAAAGCCAGAUUAGAACAGUAUAAAGAUUUUUACAUCUAUAAAUGUCCCGACUGGUUACAUUUAUAUGUUCAUCAUGGGAGGAGCUUUCUGCAGAAGAAAGAAAGACCCUCUGUGUCUCUGCUCCAGAGGACUCCCACCUCUGUGGUGACCUGCCAUGCUACAGGUUUCUACCCCGAAACUGCUGACAUUUUCUGGAGAAGAGAUGGAGAAGAGAUUCAUGAGGCUGUGGAGAAAGGAGAUAUCCUUGCAAACAAUGAUGGAACCUUCCAGAUGAGUGUUGAGUUAAACGUUUCAUCUGUCCAGCCUGAAGACUGGAAGAGAUACGACUGUGUGUUUGAGUUCUCUGGUUUUAAAGACGACAUCAUCUUCAAAUUGGAUAAAUCCACAAUCCGUACAAAUUGGGGUAAGGGUUGUUUUAAUCCUUUAUAUGCUGGUAAAUCUUCAAAAAUAAAUAAAUAUGCAUCAGUAAUAAAACCCAAGUCUUUGCUCCAAGGAGGCCGCUCAAUCAUUAGAUCACUACACGACACCCUCUGUUUCUACACCUUUGAUAAGCAGUGA